CUCCUGGAGCACUUUGAAUGCCUCCCCAAUCUCCAUCUCCAUUUCCUCUUCCGCCUCCCAGUCGCGAUUGUCCGUCUCCAUACCCGAAACCUGCAACCCCGUGCGUAAUUCCACUACCGUGCUGUAAUUAUCGAUUGCCGCAAGGUACGACUCGAGACGCAUGUGCCGAAUCACGGAAAGGGUCUCUGCCAUCUCCACCCUCUCUGCCCAUACCUUCACCUUCUCCUUGCAGCUCGCCUCGGAAAACUCUGGAUCCUCCUCAACAGCCAAUCCACGUAGCCAUCCUCCUUUUUCUGAGUUUCACCUGCAUUCGUCACCCACUUCUGCAUCAAUCAUCUCCUCUUCCACCUGCGUCACGCCAUCUCGUCCCCUAUGUGUUUGUCUCAACACACCUUCAACGUGUUUGCUGGACUUCGAUGCCCCGCUCGCCAAUUCCGCGCCCGUACCAGCCAGCAUCUCUUCCUGUUGGAACAACGUUAGUCCUCACCAGACCCCGCUAGAGAGAGCGACUCACCAGUCUAGCUAUCUGCCUAUUCGUCCUCUCAACCAGGUUCGCAUCAAGACGAGCCGCUUCUUGCCGUCGCUGGUCAAUGCGUGCAGCGAUCUGCUUGUGCUCCAGUGUCGCAAUCACCUCGGUUGCCUGUCGUGGCUUUGGCGCGCUGGACGUGACGAAGGUCGUCUGUUCCUCUGCGCUUCGAGUUUCGUACACGGCAUCUUCUGAGGGGGACAUGAUAGUUGCACGCGAGCUGCAAUCUUUGCAAGCCAGCUGCUGUUAGCUACUUAG